AUCCCCUUUGGGGUCAUGAGAUUGCUGGAACCUAUCCCAGCUACUGUUAGGCAAAGGCAGGAUACAUCCUGGACCGUUUACUUCCUUUAAGCUUCCACGUAAACUAAAUUUUUUAGCUCCUCUAGUCAAACCUUUCCAAACCUUGAUUCUGCUCGGUGCGUUUCUCGAUAAAUAAAGGGGUGGUGGAACUUUCAAUUCUUGAAGAGACAUGGUGGCGUUUUUAUCGUCAGUUGUUUUCCUGGCAAUCCUCCUGUAUCCUGUUUUGUCAUGUCGGAUUGGAAACAGAAGUGAGUGUGAAGCUGCCACUUUCAUACCAGGCCACAAUCUGGUGGGAGAAGGCUUUGACGUGGUCAGGCUGCAACGAAAAGGAGCUUAUGUGAUUGAUGUGAAGACCUACCUCACAGACAGCGGCCUCUGCACCCUCUGCUCCAACUCCCUCCAAGGAAACAGAGUGCAGAAAUUACCAGCUUCUGUGAUUGACUGGCGUGCAUUCAGCCGCUGCAGUACUGACAUCCACAGCUCUUCCCACACUACUGUCAGCUCCUUAAUUAAGGCAUACUGUGCGCAGGACAGUAAUGACUGGAAGGUUGGUCUGAAUUUAGAAAAGUAUGUGUCGGCCAACCUGGAAGUGGGAGGAACACGCUCCUCCGUUUACAGCUUUGGUUCACAAAGGAGCAGUGAAGAUCGUCACUCCUUCAGCAUACACAGAGUCACCUGCAGGCAUUAUAGUUUUCGCACAUCAGCCAGACCACCCCUCAGUUCGGAGUUCAGAAAGGAUGUGGGAAAGCUGCCAAGCCAUUACAACUCAUCCACCAGAGAUCAAUACAGCGAACUUAUUCUUAUCUACGGAACACACUACAUCAGACAGGUUCAUCUUGGAGGAAGGCUGAGGCGAGUGACAGCAGCACGAACCUGUUUGAGUGCACUGAAUGGACUCUCCUCAAAUCAGGUGCACUCUUGUUUAUUUCUGGGUAUGUCAGUUGGUUUGGGAAAGUUGAAACCAUCCAGAGAUUAUGAGUCCUGCAAACAGGUUCUCCAGAACCAAGGUAUUUCCACAACAUACAACUCUGGCUUCCAUCAGCACUACACAGACGUCUCAGGAGGCAAUGGAUGGCUAGGGGAGUUUUCACUUGCCCACAAUGACUCUACGGGCUACCUGACUUGGCUGGAAUCUUUAAAGGACCACCCAGAUAUCGUUUCUUACUCACUUCGCCCAAUAUAUGACCUAAUGCCGAAUAAGACCCAAAGAGCUGGGAUGAAGGCCGCUAUUGAGCAAUACCUAGAGGACAACGCUGUGAAGUGCUCACCAAAUGAACCAGCGUGUGGAGGGUAUACUCCCAAUCUGGCUCCCAACUGUUGUCCCAUCCAGGCCUGGAGAGGAACCUUGAAGGUGACCAUCAUCCGAGGAUGGAACUUGAGAGGCGAUUAUACCGGGAAUACCGAAAGCUAUGCCCAGAUGUGGUUUGCUUCACACUAUCACCGGACUCCCAUGAUUCGGUCAAAUGAUCCACAAUGGAAUGCUAGCUACAAUUUGGGCAAGGUGGACACGCAUUCUAGUUUGAAAGUUGAGGCCUGGGAUGAAGACCUGAAAUAUGAUGACUGCCUGGGAUCAUGCGUGACGUCUGUGGUUCAGGGCACACACAGUUUCACCUGCCCGGCUAUAGAGGGUGGCUUUGAGGUUCAGUACACUCUGACCUGUGACCCUCAUCUGACAGGAGACAAGUGUGAACGAUAUAAACCAUCUCCCCAGUAACAAGUGUUUUUAAAACCAUCUGUUUCUAAUAAUUUCUAAAAUUUGAUCAAAAUGUCAUAAUUGCUUAUGUCUUUGUCCUACAUGAUAGGUUUUUGGUUGAAAAAAUCAGAUGGUCAUUAUCUUGUUGUCACCUGAACCCCACUUCCUGAUCACAUGUAAAAAUAUAUAUAUAUUUUUUACUCGAUUUACUUUCAAGUAUAAACAUAAAAGAAGGAAUAAAUGGAUCGACGUUUGAAGAAACUGUUUUGUCUGUAUUUCUGUCAACUAAACUUGUAG